AAGGAACGAAGUGAAAAUGGAGAACGACGCAGAGAAUAAACCUGUCGAGAACGCUUGGGCUUUGAAAGUACCCAGUUUCACGAAGGAAGAUGUUAAACCGUGUUUAGUCGAGGAGAGCAGUUUUGCAACUUUGUUUCCGAAAUAUCGCGAGAAGUAUUUGAAGGAGUGUUGGUCUUUGGUUCAGACAUUGCUCAAGGAACAUGAGCUGAAAGCUGAUUUGGAUCUCUUGGAAGGGUCGAUGUCCGUUCGCACGACGAGAAAAACCUGGGAUCCUUACAUAAUUCUCAAAGCUCGGGAUUUUAUUCAACUUCUAGCAAGAUCAGUUCCUUACGAGCAUGCAGCAAAAGUUUUGGAUGACGAUGUUUUCUGCGAAAUCAUACGGAUCGGGAAGAUUGUUAGGAAUAAGGCAAGAUUCGUCAAACGACGACAAAGACUUAUCGGUCCUAAUGGAGCGACAUUGAAAGCGAUCGAGCUGUUGACUGGAUGCUACGUUUUGAUCCAAGGAAAUACUGUUUCUGCGAUUGGACCGUGGACUGGUCUUAAGCAUGUGCGCAGCAUCGUCAUGGAUACCAUGAAUAACAUUCAUCCAAUCUACCACAUUAAGGCGUUAAUGAUCAAAAGGGAGCUUGCCAAGGAUCCAAAUUUGAAAAAUGAGAGUUGGGACCGUUUCGUUCCGAAAUUUCCGAAUCGGAGUGUGAAGUCUAAAAAAAUACAGAAGAAGAAAAAACCAAAGAAGGACUACACACCUUUUCCUCCUGAACAACAGGAGAGUAAAAUUGAUCAGCAGAUUGCAUCUGGAGAAUACUUCCUGGAGGAAAAUGAGCGAAAACGAAAGCAGGAGUAUGAGCGUCGUCAGAAAGAAGUCGUCAAGACGAAAGAAAGGAAAGAAAAGAAGAUGUUGAAGUUUAUUCCUCCACCAGAACGGGAAACUCGAGUGUUGGAGGAAAAAUCCCGUGAUGUUGAUAUCAAAUCUUUGAAAGCUCCCGACAUCAUGGAUACGGUGGAGGAAGAACUAAAGCAAUUCAACAUGGCAGGUGAAUGUGUUGGAGGUGGAAGAAUCAUUCAUGAUCCGGUAGACAAAACUAUCGAAGUGUUCGGCUAUUCUCAGGGCUAUGGCAGAGCUGAUCAUGCAAUCGCUACCGAAGUUCUGAAGAAAGUUUACCCUAUCUAUAAAAUUAGCUGGAAGAAUGAUGGUUACUGA